UUUUGGUCCUCUACAUGCUCCUCCACUGGUUCGUGUCGCUCAGCAUGUAUUACAUUCCAAUAAUCUCUUAUGACAUGCUGGACCAGCCAGAUCAUUACUUGCAGGUUGACUCGAUCAACUAUUCGUCUUCGCAUGUCUUCUGGGCUAUGAUUUGCUGGCGCGGUUAUGCUUGAUGACUUUUCUUGCUGGGAAACAUACCCUAGUACUACAUGUACUAUCCUCGAUAUAUAAUAUAAUACAUUUGAAAGACAUCUGGCAGCAUAUAUAUUAU